AUGCUCAUUCGUGUAUCGCUAAGGGCUUGUGCGCAAGUCCGUCGCGAUGCAUCACGAGGCAGCACCUUCCUGGUCAAGCAGCUCAUUGCAAACAACCACCGCCAACAUCGCAGGCUAUCGUCUUUAGUCAAUGCAAGUCCAUCGAACAGAUCAAACCUCUUCCAAGCUCUUGCCACCCACGACCCGCUCAGUGUAGCCGUGGAACACUUCAAUACGAGACGCAAAUUCACCUAUGCAGACCUAACUAGGGAUAUUCUUGAAUCACAAAAGCGACUCAUAAAGAAAUGUUCCACCAGAGGAGUAUCGUCUCUCAGGGGCGAGAGGGUUGCUUUUGCGGCGACGAAUGAUUAUUAUUCCGUGGUGAACCUGUUCUCUAUCCUGGCCAGUGAUGCGAUUGCAGUCCCAGUGUUGCCUGGUCUCCCUUACCCUGAAGUCAAGUACAUCCUAGAUAAUGCGGACGCAAAGAUGUUACUUUUGACGGAAAUUGGAGGGGAGAAAGUUCGGAAAAUGAUAAAUUGGUUCAUUAGCGCAGAUGAUUUGAUUGUCGAUGUGAUAGAUGGUGUCCCAAUGCGUGGUCACUUUGAGAUAUCACAGAAAGUCGACUUUCCCGAUGUACAAGACGCAAGAGGAGGUCUUAUGCUGUAUACUUCUGGGACUACGAAUCGACCGAAAGGUGUCUUUUUACCGUUAUCCGCGUUACAAGCCCAAGCGCAGUCUUUGAUCGAGGCUUGGAAGUAUACUCCCAAAGACCGACUGCUACAUCUUCUUCCACUACACCAUAUACACGGCCUUGUGAAUGCGCUCCUCGUCCCGAUUCUUGCGGGCUCGACAAUUGAAUUCAUGCCAGUCCCAGCGGCUCCGUCUGCUAUUUGGAAUCGAUUAGCUGCGCGAUUCUUAGAGCAGCGACGAGGCCAGAAUCCAAAGGCCUACAAGAACAUCACCUUCUUAACAGGUGUGCCAACUUUGUACACGCGGCUCAUGGCAGAUUUUCCUUCAUUGCCCGACGACGUUCAAGCUGCAGCCAGAAAGGCAAUUUCGCGGAAAAAUCUACGAUUGAAUAUCUCGGGAUCAGCGGCAUUACCGACGCCGACAAAAAGCGCCUGGACAGAAUUGAGUGAUGGGAAUGUCCUCUUGGAGCGUUACGGUAUGACUGAAGUAGGGAUGGCUAUAAGCUGUGGACUAGACCGCAGAGGUCGCGUUGACGGUAGCGUGGGCUGGCCAUUACCAUCGGUUGAGGUCAGAUUAUGGGAUACGGACAAAGAGGAAGUAAUUUUGCCCGGCGAAGAGAUCGAUAAAGAGACAGGCCGUGAACGAAUAGGAGAAAUCCAGUUACGCGGACCCACGAUUUUUCGUGAGUACUGGGGUAAUCCCAAAGCCACCAAAGAGGCUUUUGUUGCAGACGACGAUGGUAAGGGGAAAUGGUUCCGCACAGGCGACGUCGCGGUGCGAAGGAUAGUCGAGGGCAGUGACGGGGGAAGCCGCAAUGAAUGGGCUAGUGGGCCAAUGUAUUUUAUCCAGGGCCGUCUUAGUGUGGACAUCAUCAAAACAGGAGGCGAGAAAGUGAGCGCACUUGAAGUUGAGCGGGAGCUGUUAUCAUUGCCUGAAGUUGCGGAAGCAGCUGUCGUCGGUCUCCCGUCUGAGACAUGGGGACAGAGAGUGGCCGCGGUAAUCGUUCUGAAAGAACAACACACAGCAUCGCAAGGGCUGACUGACAGUAAUGGCGACGAGACAAGCAGCCGCGGCAUUUACAAACCAUGGGGUCCACUCCAUCUGCGUCGACUGUUAGGCGAUCGUCUCGCAGCGUAUAAACUUCCGCACGAAGUCAAGGUUCUUGAUGGGCCUAUUCCGAGAAAUGCAAUGGGCAAGGUGAACAAAAAGGCACUUGUCAAGGAGAUUUUUGGAGUAGAGGGAUAA